UUGAUAUCAUAUCAGUUAGUCAGUGAACAUUGGUAACACUACGACCGAAUAUAGUUACCUCAAUAUAUAACCUUGGUGACUAUAAAUUUGAAGAAUAGAAUAGGAUAUGCAUAGCACUAAGCGAGAAAAUCAUUUCAAACUUAGUCGUGCAUUCUUAUUAGUGAUAGCAGUCAUUCCAUCGUUAGGUGUAGAGCUAAGUGUGGAUAAAACAUGCAAUAAUACGGAUAUCAACGAUUUGUGUUCCAAACAUGAAACUUGUGAUGCAUGUAUACAGGCUCAUUGGUGUUGUAAUUUCUGCUAUGAAAAGGAUUAUAAGGGACAAAAAUGCAAUAAUGUUUUCGCUAGGUUGUCUGAGACUGAAAAUAAAUGCCCUGAGGAUAUGUUAGAAAAAAAUUUCGAUUCGAACUACACGAUUUCUAAAAACAAACACUUCACUGGAACAACUGACUUCGUAGACAAGGAUGAAAUCGUUCAAAUAAGGCCUCAAAAAUUUGAAAUCAUACUAAGAAGAGGAGAAGCUGUGAAUAUAAGUUUCACAUACAAGCCAGUGGCUAACUACCCCUUGGAGUUGUACUUCCUUGGUGACCUCAGUAGCUCGAUGUUGCCCAGCCUGGAAUACGUGAAGAAACUGGGACACGAUUUGCCAGACACUCUCAAAACCCUUUCCAAGAACUACAAAAUAGCGUACGGGUCGUUCAUGGACAAACCUGGCAUGCCGUUUUACUUCACUGACGAGGAGAAUUUCAGAAACCCUUGCUUUGCGACGACGAUGGGCAGUUGCGAAAUGGGUUAUCUUUUCAAGCACAGGCUCAAUUUUACAGGAGAUACACACGAAUUCGACGAGAAGAUACAGGAUAGUCAAGUAACGGCUAACGUAGAUGAUUUGGACGGUGCACUAGAAGCAAUUCUACAAAUUUUGGUGUGUGGAAAGAAAAUCGGAUGGUCGGAAAAUUCUCGAAAAAUAAUCCUUCUAGCAACUGAUAGUUUGUUGCAUAUGGCUGGUGACGGUAUCUUAGUCGGAGCAGUAAAGAGACCUACCGAAGAAUGCCUACUGGAUGACAAUGGCAACCAUUCGCAGCCGUUCAAGUACGAUUACCCAUCUAUGGAACAAAUAGUAACAAUUCUGAGACAGAAAAAGGUUAAUAUAAUCUUUGCUGUGAAAACCAAGAAGAAAAUGGACUACUAUGAGGCCAUGAGUAGAAGUUUAGUAAAAGAUUAUGGUUUCGUUGGACAACUAGAGGAAGAAUCUACAAAUAUUUUAGAUUUGAUAAAACAAGGUUAUAACAAUUUCGCUGAACAAGUUAGUUUUUUCGUCAACUUAACUAACCAUGAACAUCUUGAAGUGAAAUUCUUAGCAGAUUGUGAUAACACAGGGUACAAUGAAACUUCCACUUGCUAUGGGGUGAAAAACAAAGAAAUCAAUUUCACCGCAGAAAUACGCCUCAAGGAUGAUACCAUUAUGAAUGAUAGAUAUAGUGAUACGAUCUAUAUCGAAGAGAAGAAUAUCAACGAGACAAUCGAAAUUUCAAUUUCAUACGUGGGAAACUGUAAAUGUCAAGGUGGUCAAAAACUGGGAUUGAACUGUAGCCAUGGCAGAGAAAGAUGUGGGAAGUGUUCAUGUGACUCAGAAUGGACUGGUGAAAAUUGCGAUAAACCAUGCAAAGGCGCUGAUCUACAUCGUUGUAGAAAAGAAGAAAAUGGUACUAUUUCGAGGAUAUGUUCUAGAAACGGCGAUUGCAUCUGUGGAAACUGCAAGUGUUCAUAUCCGUACACUGGAACUUACUGCGAAUUCAAAUGUCCAUCAAUAGAAGGAAAGAUUUGCAGUGGUCAUGGGAAUUGUGAGGAUGGAAAAUGCUUUUGCAGAAAAGAGUACGAAGGGGAGAGCUGCUCGUGCUCCACGGCGACCAAUAAUUGCGAUUUUGAUGGUGCAAUAUGUAGUGGACAAGGCAAAUGCAUCUGCAAUCAAUGUAAAUGCGAAGCUGAUUUUUCUGGAAAAUACUGCGAAUUGAAUAAAAAGAAUAACACAAUUUGUGAGGUCUACACGAGUUUUCUAGCGGAUACUGAGAAGAAUGAGACCACCCGAAUAAAAAGACACGGCAUUUAUGACGUUCUACCAGUUGAAAAAUCGUCCAUAGAAGAAAUUGAAGGACAACCGAUUUGUGAACAAGUACUGUUCAUGGGAAAUUAUCGGUGUACUCAUAAGUUCAGUUACAGCAAGGAAAACACAACCAUACUUCUGCCUUAUACAAAAUAUUGCACUAUGACUGCAAGCUUUGGAGGGAUGAUUGGAGGAAUAAUCACCGGUGUUUUGACAGUUUUAGCUGGGCUACUUUUUAUUAUGAUCCAUAAAUGGAGGAUUCACCGCCAAGACCAGCUGGAGUACAAAAAAUUCUUGGAAAAUCAGGGUAAAUUCAGUGAUGCAUUCAAUCCCCUAUAUCUUAGCCCGAUCACUGAGUAUGAGAAUCCGCAAAGUAGAAAGAAUUAUAAAUGAAGAAAUAAAAAUAAAACAUUUUAAGGAA